CAACUCAUCAUAGAUUCUCUUUGCCAAUUCAAACCAGCGAGUUCGCUGCCCUCUUAUCCGCUGGCACUGGACUAACUUCUGCGUCAGUCGCCUUCUUCACACCCAGCUUCGAACAUCUUUUCCCGCAAAGCUCCAAUAUUUCAAGGAAAAAAAGCGACCCAUUUGUGUUCUUCCCUCGAAAUCGGUUGCUCCCGAACGAGAAGUUAAUGGGUGUCUUCGUUUUCGCUUGCUUUCAGCAAAGCGGGUGACUUUUCUUGUUGCAGAUGGUGGCUGUCUGAUGACAGGUUGAGGAAAGUGGCUGGUAAAGAUGGGGUCUUUUUCUCUUCACGCUUCUUGCUUGGCAAAGCAUAACCUCCCAUGGAGUAAUGGCUGCUCUCAGAACCUGAACAGCCUCAGGAUUCCUGCUCUGCAGCAGAGGGGACCCGGUUUUCUCUCACGCAAAGCUUCAAAAAUUCUUGCUUUCUAUGGGUUGAAGAGUCCUCCAUAUGCACUUGAUGCUCUUGAACCAUACAUGAGCAAGAGGCUUCUCGAAACACACUGGGGAGAACAUCAUCAUGGUUAUGUGGAAGGCUUGAACAAACAACUUGAGAAGAACGAUAUAUUAUAUAGCUACACUCUUGACGAACUUGUCAAAGUAACUUACAACAAUGGGAACCCACUACCAGAGUUCAAUAAUGCUGCGCAGGUUUGGAAUCAUGACUUUUUUUGGGAAUCAAUGCAACCUGGUGGUGGAGGCAUGCCAGAACUGGGUCUUCUUCAGCAGAUUGAAAAGGACUUUGGUUCAUUUACCAAUUUCAAGGAGAAGUUCAUUGAAGCUUCUCUGUCACUGUUUGGAUCAGGCUGGGUUUGGCUUGUCCUGAAGAGACAAGAGAAGCGACUUGAAGUAGUGAAGACAUCAAAUGCUGUCAACCCGAUCGCAUGGGAUGACAUUCCCUUGAUGAGCUUGGAUACGUGGGAACAUGCUUAUUACCAAGAUUACAAGCAUGAUCGAGGGAAAUAUGUUAAUGCAUUCAUGAAUCACCUCGUGUCUUGGCAUGUCGUGACAGCCCGGAUUAUCCGUGCGGAGGCCUUUGUUAACUUAGGCGAACCCAAGAUCCCCGUUGCAUGAUAUUCUUCAACUUCAAGAAGCUGCUGUUUUUGUAGUCUUGUGGGAUAUAGACGUAGAUCAUGGAUGAGAUAUAUAUUUUAAGGACAGAGAACAGGAUUUAGUCAAACUAUUUUCCCCCACAUUUUCCUCUCCCUUUUUUUGUCUGUAUAAUAUGUUCAAGUAUAAAUUUUAGAUGCUCUUGAUUUGUCAAUGCAUAAUCUUGUAUAUCUGAUGAACACGCGAGUUACUGUGCUGUACCAAUUCGUGAUUAUAGCUGAGGCAGAGAUUAGAAAUCAGAAA